AUGUUGCAUGGCAUCCAAUUUGAGCAGAAAUUCGAUGCAGGCCUGGAUGGGGCAAACCCAUGCUUCCUCAACGACAGCUUCAUCCACAACGGCAUCGCCACAUGGCCGGUGAAAAACCCGCCACUACUCUUUACGGUUGUGCGAGAUCCGAUCGAUCGAUUCGUGUCAAUUUAUGGCCAUUUUUGCGUUACCAACAGCCAGUGCGGCGACAAGACGAUUCAUCAAUUUGCCGAAGAUGUCUAUCUAUCCUACACCGGGCACAUGUCGUUUGUCACCGAGAAUCCGAUCGUCAGGCUUCACGCUUUUCCACAUACCGAAUUCUGCGGCCUCUACCAGGACCACAAAAAGUACGAGGUCAUCUACUACUCCGAAGAUCGCGAAGACAUGCGACGCCAAUUCCUAAAUAUUUUCGACAAAGCUGAGGUCCCGCGAGCCGCAUCUGAACGGGCGCUAAACCACCUGACCAUGUCGAGCACGUUGCAUGCCAUGAAGAGCGCUAGCAAAAAGCGGCUACAAAUCCUGGGAUGGAACAGCACCGGGCAUAACUCAUAUGACUAUCCCUUUUACGACAGGAUGAUCCCUCACAAUGUUUGCAAAUGGAUAUCCUUUGAAAUUGUGGGCACUACGCUUCCGAAUAUGACGCAGCUCGCUGUGGGACUAGGUGAUCGAUAUGAAAUGAUCCCCUACCGUAUCCCUAACUACCGAAAACACGGCGUCGUCACCUGCAUCGCACCCCUUUAUGCAAAUGAACAAUGGCAAUAUGCCCUUUUUGCGGCCCAUCUUUAUCGAAGGUACGGCUCGUUUUUACAACUCUACGUUAGAAGCAUGAUUCACCCGCUUUUCGAGAUGCUAAAGAUCUACGAAAGAGAGGGCUAUCUUCAAAUAGACCCUUGGAUGCGGGUUAAGUUGAAAACGGUUCACGAGGCCUUUUUCAACCCUAACCUUCAUGUCGAAUUCCGAAACCAAGCAGCCGCAUACACGGAUUGUUUGCUGCAAUAUAAAGAGUCUGCGGAAUUUAUCUCCUUCAUGGACCUUGAUGAUGUGCAAAUUCCGAGGAUCGGCAAGACAUAUUUUGAGGAAUACUCGCACUAUUUCUUCGAAAACCCGAUGACCUCCUAUUUGCACUACGUCAAAGAAGCCGACCAGGCAGCUAGACAAAUAAUGAUGGACGAUUUCACGAUGUCUCAAAUGUACACCGGGAUCGUAGAUGUUCUGCCCAGCAUGGAGGCCGGACGAUUCGUCGUUCAGCCGAAGAAUAUUAAUUUCACCUGGGUGCACUUUCCGUUUUCGGUGCUCGAAGACAUGAAGCGGUAUGAUGUUUCGAGCGAGGAGAAUUUCGUCGCGCGUCUGAAACCCUUGGAAGAAUACCCAUUUACUAGUAGCCAGGGCAUCCCGCAACUCUUCAGCCGUAAGGGCGGAAUGUUGCGGAAACCAGACUUUCUACCGGCCGAGGAUGCGAAUUGGCUACAGGCCGACCUGAAGCGGAUGUUCAAAAACCCGGAGAUCCGGGCUAUCUGGUCGCGGAUGCCGCAGGAUCAGUUCUACCAGAAGUUGCUGACCAGUUGUUUUCACGAAAACUAUUUUCAGCACUAUUUCAACAGCAAACCUGAGAAAAUGACGUGCCCAGGGCCGGAGCGAUGCAAUUUCCCCAAGAACCCUGGCAUCGAGUGCGUCAACGCACACGGAGAAUACUAUUCCACCUCCGGCAACCAGCGGAUGAACAUCCACUACGCAACACAAAGCCACUUUCGGGUCGAAGACGGGUGCACACCA